AUGGCCGCCGCCUCUGAAACCAGCAACGAACUAUACUCGUCGAACCCGCCGUCCCUCCCUCUCGACGUAGUCUCCGACAUCCUCCUCCUCCUCCCCGUGAAGACCCUCUCGCGUCUCAAACUGGUGUCCAAAUCAUGGCUCUCCCUCAUCUCCAGCCCCUCCUUCAGGUCGUCCCACCGCCGCCGAUCCGAACGGAACCCUCUCCUCCUCGUGGCGACCUCCGAAAGCAGAGGAGGAGGAGGGAAAGCCCUACCAGACCGCACCACAGCCCUACUAGACUGUGAAAACGUCAACAGGAGGCUCGUCUCCUCCUGUGGCAGCCUCGACCUCGUCUGCAUGUACGAUCCCGAUGACAUCUACAUCCGGAACCCUGCGACCAGGGAGCAGAUCGCUUUGCCCAGGAAAUCUUCGGGGUUUCCCGAGCACGGCGGCCACGCGGUGGCAUUCGCUUACCUUCCUUCUACAGGGGAAUACAAGGUGCUCCGUGUGUUCGGUGCGUCUCCUUUCUUCAGUCUCCAGCACCCAAUCAGAAGAAGUGAGGUCUUCACCCUUGGGUCAGGGAGAUGGAGGGACAUCAAGGAGGGCCCUCCCUUUUGGGUUCAUGACGAGAACUCGGCCGUCGUCGACGAAGCCGUCCAUUUCCUGCCAGUUAUUUUUAAAUGGGGGAUGGCUGUCGAUGACCUGCGCGACGACGACGUCGUCGAUGAAGCCGUCCAUUUCCUGCCAGAUAUUUUUACAGAGCGGCUGGCUGUCGAUGACCUGCACGACGACGACAACGAGACAAUAGCCCGGUUUGAUCUCAAGAGGGAGGAAUGGUUGAUGAGGAAUAGUACUUUGCUCUGGUCAUGA